AUAAACCGGAUGUUUCUCAACACGAUGAGGUCAUCAUUCGUCGCCCUCACGUGACUUCUUGUUUCCGUGAUGGCUGCUGUAGAUCUACCGUCUGAAUUUGACGUAGUCAUUCUUGGAACAGGUCUGGUGGAGUCGGUGGUGGCUGCAGCCUGUUCCAGAGUAGGACAGAGGGUUCUCCAUCUCGACAGGCGGAGUUACUAUGCCGGCAACUGGGCCAGUUUCACCUUUAAUGGACUCCAAGACUGGAUCAGGGAAAGUCAGGAGCAGCGUCCUCCUGAGGAGCUCCAGGAUUGGUCAUCACUUGUCAAAGAAGGGGAGAAGCUUAUGUAUCUGCCCCACUCUGACUCCGCCUCCAUCAGUAACAUCGAGAUUUAUUGUUUCGCCAGUGUUGAAGGUGAAGAAGGAAAGGAGGAAGACGCUGAAGUUGGUCCAAACAGCACAGGAACAGAGACCUCAGCAGUUUCAAUUCCAGAGUCAACAGAGGACGCAUCCGAUAAUCCACUUGAUGCUGCAGAUUCAAAACAGGACGGAGCAGAAGUGGAGCAGACACUAGCUGCAGGUGUGCAGCAGCAAUCAUCUGACGGACAGGAGCAGACAGCUCAGGUGGAGACGGCACAGGCCUCAGGCUCUUUAAGCCAAUCAGAGUCCACCAGGAAGAAGAUCACCUUCUCCUACCUGCUGAAACAUGGCCGCAGGUUUAACAUCGACCUGGUCUCCAAGCUGAUGUUUUCCCGCGGCUCAUUGGUCGAUUUGCUUAUCAAGUCAAACGUCAGUCGCUACGCAGAAUUUAAGAAUGUCAGCCGAGUCCUGACGUGCAGGGAGCGACGAGUCCAACAGGUUCCCUGCAGCAGAGCGGACGUCUUCGCCAGUCGUCAGUUGUCUGUGGUGGAAAAGAGGAAGUUGAUGCGUUUCCUAACAACAGUCAUGGAGGAGACGGAGGAGCAGGAGGCCUACAGGGGGCGUCCUUACCUGGACUUCCUCAGUGACCAGCAGUUGGGGGAAAACCUGCAGCACUUCCUGUUGCACUCCAUCGCCAUGGUGACGGAGAACACACCAACAGAGGUCGGUCUUGCAGCUACGCGUCACUUCCUUCGCUGCCUGGGUCGCUAUGGUAACACGCCCUUCCUGUUUCCUGUGUACGGCCUUGGAGAAAUUCCACAGUGUUUUUGUCGGAUGUCCGCAGUCUUCGGAGGAGUUUACUGUUUGAGACACUCAGUCCACUGUCUGCUGCUGGACAAGGACAACAGGUGUAAGGCAGUCAUUGACAGUCGGGGACAGCGAAUCAGCUGUGGCCACUUUGUGGUGGAGGAAGGUCAUUUGACUCUAGACAUAAAGAAGGUGGCCACGCCCCCCAGGAAGUUGUUUGUGUCUCCAGGUUGAUAAGUCACAGACGACUCUGUUCUGAGCAGUGACUCGGAGCAGCAGGUGUCAUUGGUCACUGUUCCUCCAAUCACAGCAGGAGCUCCAGCAGUGAAGAUGGUGGAGCUUUGUUCUUCUACCAUGACCUGUAUACCUGGAACCUACCUGGUCCACCUCACCUGUCAAUCAGUUGGCUCCGCCUACCAAGACCUGUCACCAGUGGUAACCAGAAUGUUCAAGACGCCACAAUCACACGACCAAGACGCCGGUCCCUCCGUCCUCUGGUGUCUCUACUUUAAUAUGGUGGAUGGUUCAGGGGUCCAGGUCCAAAGACAGGACCUGCCAUCAAACGUGUACAUGUGCUCAGGACCUGACGGAGCUCUUGGCCACGAGCACGCUAUUUCACAGGCUAAGGAGAUCUUCCAGAAGAUUCUUCCAGAAGAGGAAUUCUGUCCUCCAGCACCAAACCCUGAGGACAUCAUCUAUGAUGGAGAUUCUGCCUACUCGACAGGAGAGGAUGAGCAGGGGGAGGAGCUACAAGAGGGGGAGGAUCUAAAGAAGGAGGAGGCGGAUAAUGAGAAAACCAAAGAGGUGGACGGGCCAAAUGACAGGGAGGAGCAGAAGCAGAUGGUAGAGUCAUGUGAUCAAGGGGAGGAGCUUCAGUGACAAGAUAAAAGAGUUUGUCCAUAAAUGUCAGUGUUUUCAAGAUCAGAGUUAUUUUUCUUUUAAUCUUGUGCUGAUGUUUGGUCAUCUGGUCCUCUUGUCAUCUGGUCUUCUUGGUCAUCUGGUCCUCUUGGUUCUGUGGUCAUCUGGUCCUCUUGCUCCUCUGGUCAUCUGAUCCUCUUGUCAUCUGAUCCUCUUGUCAUCUGGUCCUCUUGGUCAUCUGAUCCUCUUGUCAUCUUGGUCCUCUUGUCAUCUGGUCCUCUUGUCAUCUGGUCCUCUGGUCCUCUUGUCAUCUUGGUCCUCUUGUCAUCUGGUCCUCUUGGUGAUCUAGUCCCCUUGGUCCUCUUGUAGAUCAGUGUGAGUCUAGAACAUUAGAGAAACUUUAGUUGCUGCUUCAAUGUGUUUUUAUUAUUCUGUGUAAAUUAUACUCAUUCCAAAAGAUCUAAAAGACAGAUCUGAAGGCAAUAAAGCCACCUGCUCCAA